CGGAGAUUCUUCUUGGUGUGUCCAAAUGCUGGGUCAAGAGGAACGAAGAUCGUGUACGAAGAUAAGUUCAGUAUGGCUCACUUCAUUGUUGCUGCCCAUCAGGUUCAUCCAGCAUCUUCACAAGGUCUCAAUCUUUGGUUCUGGGGUUGAUUUGCGCAUUUCGGACCUAAACAAGUUCAUCUCUAAGACACAGAGACUGUGAGCAGUGUGAUGGCCUACGGAUGGUUGGGGAGCCUGGCCAACCUCUCAAUUCACCGUCGGUUCACGCGACGCAAGUCCGUCGCCUCGGCACAGGAUGGUAGCAGGACGUGGCUCGGUGAUGACAACCAGGCCGCCCCCCAGUCAUGGGGCUACGCCUGCUCCGGUGCCAUGUACACCCACGUGGGAACGGUGCCUCGCAAAGACAGACAGCAGAGACGGAUGAACAAGGAGGAGGAGGAAGAGUGGGAGGGGGCCAGGGCGCCGGACCAUGUGCAGGACUCGCCCCUGCUCACCGCUCUGUCUAGUUUAAGCCUCAACACUCUGGAGCGGCUGAGCUGUGCGCCGGCUUCACCGGACGGGUGCCACGGUGCUCCGGUUCAGCAGGACGUGUACAAAAGUGUUCCGGCUGCAUUGGACGUUUACAAGGGUACUCCGGCUCCACAGGACCUGUACGUGCACAUGGAUGCCGUAAGCCAAGCGGUUCGCACCCACGAAAUCACAAAGACCUCGCAGGAACUGGAACAAUUACACAGUCCGAGUGACGCGACGGACGGAGGCGGUGAAUAUGUCAAGUUCUCUAAGGAUAAGAAGUUCUGGCUGGAGAAACAGCUGCAGGAGGAACUGAAGUUCAGCGGAGCCGACCUGAAGAGUCACGGCUGGUACCACGGACCCAUCUCCGGGCAGGUGUCUGAGAGCCUGGUUCUGAACCACGGCGACUUCCUCAUCCGGGACUCCGAGUCCAGCCCGGGCAACUUUGUUCUGACGGUCCGCUGGGACCAGAAGACCACUCACUUCCCUGUCCAGGCCACGGUGAUGCGUUAUGGGAUCAACUACAGUCUGGACCAGGAGCUGUUCGAUUCACUGCCAGCGAUGGUGGGCUUCUACACGGGAACCAGGGCACCGCUGACCCGCCGGAGCACAGCCAAGAUUCACCAGCCAGUCAACAGGACAAUGCCACUAGGUUACCUGGACCAGCGGGCCACGAGCCAGGCGGAGGAACUCUGCCCCAAAAGCCCCUCGUCUGUUCUACGGCAAGACCACCAACAAUCUGAGCGUUCUUCCUCCAAUGAUGAUAUCCGCGACAUCACUCUUCACUCCACCUAUGAUGUACCGUUGCCAUCACUAUCCAAAAGUUCAGAUCGUUCUUUGCCUGAACCCGAUCAAGAGAGCCAGCGUCCAGACUCGGACGGCAGCUGCUACACAGAACUCUAUCCGGGCCCCCAGAGCUUUGUGGAGAGACUCCAUGCCGAGGAGGGUCCGAGAGGAGUGGACUUGUUUCUCCCUCCGGUGGUGGAGACAGUGUCCUCUUUCAUGCCCGCCAGCUACUCUUCGCCACUGAUGCCCGGGGAAAACAAACCCCUGGACGUGGGCAUCCUGCAGCGGGUUAAGGAGCUCCUGGCAAGGGUGGACCCCCAGACGGCCGCCCUACACAUCACCAAGUGGGAUUGCACGGUUGCUCGCAUCCUGGAGGUGCACCCAGAGAUGCAAAGGAUGAUGGGAGUUAGCUCAGGGGUGGAGCUGCUCACACUGCCACAUGGACAGCAGCUUCGAUUGGAUCUGCUGGAAAGGCUUCACACGAUGGCCACCAUGUUGGCCGUCAAUGUUUUGGGGUGCACGGGCACCAUCGAAGAGCGAGCCUGCGCGCUGCACACAAUGAUCGGCAUCGCCGCCGAGCUCAAGAGCAACCUGGGCAACAUGUUCGGAUUCUCUGCCGUCAUGAGAGCGCUGGAGCUGCCUCAGGUGACUCGGCUGGAGCAGACGUGGACGGUGCUGCGGCGGCGACAUACAGAGGACGCCGUUCUCUACGAGAAAACUCUCAGGCCCUUCAUGAAGAGUCUGAACGAGGGCCGAGAAAGCUGCUCCGCGUCCGAGACCACCUUCCCUCACAUGCUGCCGCUGCUGCGUCUUCUGGAGAAGAGUGCGGCUGUGGGCGGGGGGCCCGAGGAGGGCGAGGGGGCCAAGGGCCCCGAGGGGGUCGAGGGGUGGGAGACGGCGGAGGCCGGUGGGGACGUGGACGUGCUCAUGUUCCACCUGGCAGCCGCCAGGAGCGCCGCCCAGCUUGGCGCCAUCUACGCUGCCAACACCCGCAACAAACUGCAAGACUUCCAGGAGCAGUCAGACAUCUCGGAGGUCUUCUGCACGGAAUUCCAGAUGCGGCUGCUGUGGGGGAGCAGGGGAGCGGCGGAGAGCCAGGUCCGGCGCUACGCCAAAUUCAACCAAGUGCUGACCGCCUUGUCCAACAGGCUCGAGCCCCCGCUGUGCUCGGCUAAGCCUUGAAAAGAACCCUCCAGAUAAGACUCGAGGCGUUUUGUUCUUUCGGCGAGUUAGCUUAAAAGUUAGCGCGUUAGCUUGCUUCGGAUGUGACAGCUCGCGGGUUCGAUCCCCGCAGUCUCCCUUUGUCUGCCGUACUCAUACAACAAAGCCUGAUCUCUUUUACUGACAGUUGUCGAUUUAUUUAUUGGAUAAAUUUGAUUUCAUGAAAUAUAUUCAUUACUUUUUCAAAAUGUAUGGCGUUACUCAUUAAUUGACUAUUAAAAAUAUAUCAAAUCAUUGAUUUAUUGUUUGUAAUACAUUUUUAAAUACUAGCAAAAUAAAACAUGUUUACAUAAAAUGGAUUGUAAUAUUUAUUUUAUUAUUCAACUGGUUACAUGAUGUUUAUAAAUUAAUAUUGCACAAAUAACAUUUUACAUUCAUUUUUAGCAUUCAUCACUGGCAGAUAUAUGAUUAUCAAAUUCAUUAAAAAAAGAUUAUUUUAUUACUAAAAUGAUUCAUUUUUACCUUACCUACAAACAUCCUGGCCAGUUGUCCUUUAUAAAAAUUACUUAAGAACAUGUUUUACAUGAUUUUUACCAUGAAAAAGACGUUUUAACCAGUGUAAUUCAAUAUCAAAACAAGAAAACAACUUUUCAUUCCUUACUACAUUUGAAACUUUUAUGGAUGUAUAAAAAUAAGCCCUUGCCCCCCAGACACCUUCAGUGCCCCACUUAUAGAAAUUGAGCAUAUAGAACUUGUGGUUUUAUGAAUUUGUGUUAUAAAAACAGUGCAGGCGGGACCUCCACAACCCUCUUAUCGCGUUUCCGUAACGCACAAAAGUAGUAUUGUCAAAUGUUUACGUGUUUUGUUUCAUUUGUACUUUAAUCAUCUGGUACCAUUUUUUUCUUUCCUUUAUAUAUCAAUUGUUUAAUAUUAUGACUGAGAGAAGUACAUCUUGUAAAAACUAUUAUGUCAGCGACCAUAUUCAGAUGUGCAGUAUUUACUGUCUGUAUGAAUGAAAUGUAAGAGAAAUUAUCCAGGAAUUUCCCCUGUAAAAAGUAUUUUCCCAAGUAUGUAAUGAAUCGAUGUAAUUUUUGAACUAAGUAAAGAUUUCUACUGUAUUUCAAUUCAUUGAGA